AUGACUACUGUUAAUCCUCUUGUUCUGCCUCCUGGCAUCGCACCAUCUGCUUUCCACCAAUUCAUAUCAGAAAUCACUGAAGUUACAACCGCUGAAAACGUUGUCAUCAUAUCCAACCCCGGACAGUUAGACAAGCAGGACUACCGCGACCCCAGCAAGAUGCACGACAUGUUUGACAUAACCUCGAAGCAGCAUUUUGUUUCCUCAGCUGUUGUCACUCCCCGCGACGUCGCCGAGGUUCAAGCCAUCGUCAAGCUGUGCAACAAGUUUGAAAUUCCCCUCUGGCCAUUCUCCAUUGGCAGAAAUGUUGGGUAUGGUGGUGCUGCUCCCCGUGUACCAGGCUCGAUUGGUCUUGAUCUUGGCAAACAUAUGAACAAGAUCUUGAAGGUCGAUGUUGAUGGCGCAUAUGCUCUUGUUGAACCUGGAGUUACAUACGCAGAUCUUCACCAGUACUUGGUGGACAAGAACCUUCGUGACAAGCUGUGGAUUGAUGUUCCUGAUCUUGGCGGCGGAUCAGUGCUUGGGAACACUACGGAGAGGGGAGUUGGCUAUACUCCGUAUGUUGUCCUUCCCGAUGGUACACUAGUCCGCACGGGAAUGGGUGCUUUACCAAACCCAAAUGCGGAUCCAAAUGCCCCUCCACACGAGCAAGAGCCCAACUCGGCCUGGCAACUGUUCAAUUACGGCUUCGGUCCCUAUAACGACGGCAUCUUUACGCAAUCGUCUCUUGGUAUUGUUGUCAAGAUGGGUAUCUGGCUCAUGGUGAACCCUGGUGGGUAUCAGUCAUACUUGAUCACCAUUCCCAAAGAUGAGGACCUUCAUCAGGCCAUUGAGAUCAUUCGACCACUUCGGACUUCAAUGGUGCUGCAAAAUGUUCCCACUGUUAGACAUGUGCUUCUGGAUGCAGCUGUUAUGGGAUCUCGAGACAAGUACACGACUUCGAAAAAGCCGCUCAAUGACAAGGAACUUGAUGACAUCGCAAAGAAGCUCAACUUGGGCCGCUGGAAUUUCUACGGAGCGCUUUAUGGCCCCGAACCCAUCCGUAAGGUAAUGUGGGAAGUAGUCAAGGGUGCUUUCUCAGCCAUCCCCGGGGCCAAGUUCUACUUCCCGGAGGAGAUGCCAGACAAUGUUGUCUUGAAAACUCGAGAUCUUACCUUGCAGGGGAUUCCCACCAUGACUGAGCUUGAAUGGGUCAACUGGCUGCCCAAUGGAGCUCACCUGUUCUUCUCCCCCAUCGCCAAGGUCACGGGCGACGACGCGGUCGCUCAGUAUGCCUUAACUCGCAAGCGCUGCGAAGAAGCAGGUUUCGAUUUCAUCGGAACAUUUGUCGUCGGAAUGAGAGAGAUGCAUCACAUAGUGUGUCUUGUCUUUGACCGUCUCGAUCCAGAGUCAUGCCAUCGAGCGCACGCCCUCAUCAGUCAGCUAAUCGAUGACGCGGCGAAGAAGGGUUGGGGAGAGUAUCGCACUCAUUUAGCAUUGAUGGACCAAAUUGCACAGACUUACAACUUCAACGGUAAUGCACAGAUGUAUCUCAAUACUACAAUCAAGAAUGCAUUAGAUCCUAAGGGAAUUCUGGCGCCUGGUAAGAAUGGGAUAUGGCCAAGCGGCUAUAACGCAAAGGACUUUGCAGUAACUCCACAGCGCUCUACAAAACUGUAG